GACACAGUCGGCGUCCGAACCUGAAGCCCGCCCUGUUUUUCUUUUGCAUUAUCCUCCUUUCCGGCGACAAGCACUCCGUAGUCCGCUGCACUUCUUUUGUUGCAUAUUAUCCUGCUUAAAUCUCUGCUAAUUUGGCGGAUUAGGUACUGAGUUCCGAUCCAAAUUCACUCUGAAUUAUGAAUUAAAUGGUGCUGCAUUAUAGGACUUGAGUUGCCUGGUGGAUUCGAAGAUUUCAACACAGCCCGGUGAAAUACCAGUGUUUAUGUAAUAAUGGUUUUGGGUCUGAGUGCAAAGGGUCGAGCAGGUCCCGCGGUUAAGGUGGAUUAUCUAAUCCACAUUGAGGAGAUUAAGCCUUGGCCACCAUCACAGUCACUGAGAUCCCUCUCCUCUGUCCUGAUUCAAUGGGAAAAUGGGGAACGAAAUUCAGGUUCUACCAACACUGCUGUGCCUUCAAUUGGGUCUGUUGUUGGUGAGGGAAAGAUAGAGUUCAAUGAGUCAUUUAAAUUGCCUGUGACUCUUGUAAAGGAAUUGUCUGUCAAAGGCAGGGAUGGUGAUGCAUUCCAGAAGAAUCUUCUGGAGUUCAACUUGCAUGAGCGUCGAAGGGAUAAAAACCAGUUGUUGGCUACUGCCAGUGUUGAUUUGGCAGAUUAUGGCAUUCUGAAAGAGUCCUUAAGAACAAGUGUUGCCAUGAACUGUAAGAGGACUUUUAACAAUACUUCUCAGCCAGUUUUAUUUAUUAAAAUCCAGCCAUUUGAUAAGGGUCGGGCAGGAUCCUCAAAAGGAAGACUGUCAAAAGGGAUAUCACUGGACAAAAAUGGUAGUGAAUCUGCUUCUGAUGUAAUGAAUGAAGAAUUUGGGGAAGAAUCUGAGUUCACGUCAUUCACUGAUGAUGAUGUUUCCUCACACUCAUCCUUGACAGUUUCUUCCUCUGCUUUGGAAUCUAACGGAGUUUUACCUUCUCAAAGUGAUGAGAAUGGAUCUGCCACCGUGAUGGAUGGCAAGGGAGGGGUCAAAAAGGAACAUGCCUCAGCCUCAAAAUCACAGCUGGAGAAGUCAAACAUGGGAGCACAGAUGACAGUGCAUGAAAAUGCUAAGGGGAGUUCUUCUUGCUUGUCAUCAGUAGACUGCUCUUCUGAUCUUCAGAGCCCAGUGAAUGGCCAUUUUUCAAUCUCCAACUCUCAUGAUUCCAGAUUGCCCAUCUUAAAUAAUGCUCUAAGCAGUAAUGACCAUUUCCCUGCUUCCUCCUUAGCACGUGAAAAAACAGCUGAAGAGGCCAAGACCAGCAUGAGAAGCAAUGGCUCAAAAAAUUUGACUGAAGAGGUUCACAAGAUGGUCUUCAAUGAUGGAGCAGAAGUUACUGGUUACAGCAAGGAAAAUGCAACUGGCAGUUUUCAAGUAAAAGAAGCGCCCUCAGUUAACAGUCCCCAAGUGUCUCAGAAGCUGGGUGUUAAUAAUUCUAUGGGGAACAUAGAUGGAAGCAAUUUGCAAGAAAAUGACUGUGCUGAAGAUGAAUUGUCAACUACUUAUUCACUGGAUUCACUUUCCCUAGGCCAGGAGAACAAUGGAACAAAUACCCUAAAAACUGAAAGAUCAAAGCAUCUGAAGUCUGUUCGCUCAUCAUUAGACUCAGCUAGGAGCAUGGGAUUAUUUAGUAAUAGUCAGCAUGCAGAAGUAAAAGAAGAUGGACUCCUCAGAGGUAAUGAAAGAAAAGAUGCUAAGUUACAUGCAAAGGAUACCAGAGGUUCCAUUUUAGAUAACAAAAUCCAGCAGUUGGAGCAGAAAACAAAGAUGCUUGAGGGAGAACUGAGAGAAGCUGCUGCUAUUGAGGUUGCUCUUUACUCGGUGGUUGCUGAGCAUGGAAGUUCUGUAAGUAAGAUGCAUGCUCCAGCUCGGCGCCUUUCUAGACUAUAUCUUUAUUCUUGUAGAGAACGAUUAAGAUCAAGGAAAGCAAGCGCUGCUAGAAGUUCUGUUUCUGGGCUAGUUCUGGUUGCAAAAGCAUGUGGGAAUGAUGUGCCUAGGCUGACAUUUUGGCUGUCAAAUUCUGUUGUGUUGCGAGCAAUUGUAAGCCAAAGUACUGGAGAAUCAGGGCUACCACCCUCUGCUGGGCCUGCCCAAAAGAAUGCUGGUGGCAAGGGGAAGAACCAAGCAUCAUCUCCCUUGAAAUGGAAAGAUUCCUCCUCUUCCUAUAGAAAGGAAAACAAGAAUCUCUUAAAUGAAAGUUUUGGUGAUUGGGAUGAUCCACGUACAUUUAUUUCUGCCUUGGAAAGGAUUGAGGCUUGGAUCUUCUGCCGAAUCAUUGAGUCGGUCUGGUGGCAGACUCUUACCCCGCAUAUGCAGUUGGCCGCUGGAAAGUUGACUGAUAAGUGCACUUCUUUUGACUCAAGAAAGAAAUAUGGAAGGAUAUCUAGUUCAUGUAAUCAGGACCAGGUAAACUUUUCAUUAGAUCAUUGGAAGAAGGCUUUCAAGGAUGCAUGUGAGAGACUCUGUCCUGUUCGAGCUGAGGGGCAUGAGUGUGGCUGCUUACCCGUAUUGGCUAGAUUGAUAAUGGAGCAAUGUGUAGCCAGAUUAGAUGUGGCAAUGUUCAAUGCAAUUCUUCGUGAAUCCGAUGAUGAGAUCCCAACUGAUCCCGUAUCUGAUCCCAUCAGUGAUUCCAUGGUACUCCCUAUUCCAGCUGGGAAAGCAAGUUUUGGUGCAGGUGCACAGCUGAAAAAUGCGAUUGGAAGUUGGUCUAGAUGGCUGACUGACCUGUUUGGUAUAGACGAUGAUGACACACCUGAAGAUGACAAUUGUGACAGUGAUGAGCAAGAAGAUUCAUCCUUUAAGUCUUUCUAUCUCCUUAAUGCAUUGAGUGAUCUUAUGAUGCUUCCCAAGGAUAUGCUCUUGAGUACAUCUAUCAGAAAAGAGGUAUGUCCAACUUUUGGUGCAUCAUUGAUCAAGAGGGUUCUUGAUAAUUUUGUUCCAGAUGAGUUUUGCCCUGAUCCUGUUCCUGAUGCUUUGCUUGAAGCCUUGGAUGAGGAGGAUCCUGAUGAAGCGAACGAAGGAUCUGUUACAAGCUUCCCAUGUGCUGCAGCUCCUCCAGUGUAUUCACCACCUUCUGCGGCUUCUGUUACCAGUAUCAUUGGAGAAGCUAGAGCCCGACCUCAGUUGAGAAAAAGUGGCUCAUCUGUUCUCAGAAAAUCAUACACUAGUGACGAUGAACUUGAUGAAUUGAGUUCACCCUUGGCUUCAAUCUUCAACGAUGGGAUCCGGUCUGAAUCUGUUUCAUCAAAGCCAAGCUGGAUAUCCAGGGGAAAUGGGAAUCAAAACGGUAUCAGAUAUGAACUCCUACGAGAUGUAUGGACUAAGUCUGAAUAAUUAGAGGUUUGAUUCACGGGGUGAUGAUUGUGCUGUUAAUGAGCAUGUAAAUUUUGCUUUUCACCGUUGCGAAAUUGUAGCUGUUAUAAAGAAAUUUAAUGUGUGUCAGUGUCACAAAAACCUCAUACUUGAAAUGAUCAAAUAUGAAUAAUUUCUGCUCGACUAGAUCAAAUGUUGACAUGCUUUCAAAGAUCAAGAAUCAAAAGCAAUACAGCAGAUAUUUGUUA